GGCACCGCCGCCGCGUGAGGGCGCCAGCCUGCUGCUGGUCGAUGACGUGGAGGUACGACUGCAGGAUGACCGGGUGGCCGCCGUGCCCCUGACCUCCACGCGCCGGCGGCAGCUGAUGCGGCAGGCGCGCAAGGCCGAGCGGCGCUUCGAGUGCGAGGCGUGCGGCAAGCGAUUCCGCGCGUUCAGCCACCGCGUCGAGCACAUGCUGAUCCACGUCAAGGAGCAGCCCUGGUCGUGCCCGCACUGCCCCAAGAGAUUCCGCACCAAGUCGGCGCGCACGGCGCACCAGCGGGUGCACGCGCCUGCUGCCGACGGCUUCGCGUGCACGCUGUGCGACCGCCGACUCACCGACGCUGCCUCCCUCCGCCAGCACGUGCGCACGCACUCGGCGCGCAAGCCGUUCACGUGCGACACGUGCGGCCACGCGUUCGCGCGACGCAAGGACCACGCCGUGCACGUGCGCCAGCACACUGGCGAGCGGCCGCACGCGUGCCCGGAGUGCGCGCAGACGUUCGUGGCGCGCUCGCGACUGAACCGGCACCUGCUGCUGCACCGCGACAAGCAGUUCACGUGCGGUUGCGGCCUGACCUACCUGUCGGCGCUCGUGCUGCCCGAGCCGACGUCCACGCUCUACUACCAGGUGGUGACGCCGGUACUGGUGCCCUCCUACUGA